UGUAUUCCCAUACAACACAGAUUGAUAUAUAUCUCCAACAUACAUAAACUUGUUAGGGUUGGUGCAACUAGAGAAAGAGGAAGAGAGAGAGACUCAAGAUCACCAUGAGUCCUACACAAUUCCAUGAUCACCAUCACCACAUCCACAACCACCAUGCAAAGAGAGAAACAACAAUAAACAUCAACAAUCCCAUGUCUCCAUCUCCUCUCAAAAUCAACAAAGACUCCCGUUUCAUCAAAAAAUCCCCAUCACCACCUUCCUCCUUCUCCUCAUCCGCCUCAUCUCUCGCCACCGCCGUCCUUGCUGCCACCACAAAACCUCAACACCGCCACCCGGUGAUCAUCUACACCCAUUCUCCCAAAAUCAUCCACACCAACCCUCGUGACUUCAUGGCAUUGGUUCAAAAACUCACCGGUCUCUCUCGCUCCGAUGAUGACCCACCACCUCGGCCUAAACAAGACCCGGGUAGUGGGGCCGCCGCUUCUUUGAAAAGGGAAAAUCAUCACAAGAUAUCGGUGACAGCCAACGACGACAACGAGUCGUCGUCAGCAAUUACUGACGAUAAUUGCACUAGUAAUUUGCAAAUAAAUUCAUGUUUUGGGAUUCAAUCGACGACAACAGCGACAAGGAGGACGAAUUUUGAACCGCCAAAUCCUUGUUUCAACAACAUCCCAUUGUUUACGCCGAAUUCUAGUGAUUUCUUGUGCCCAUCUCAGCAAUUUUACAACAAUUAUGCAGACUCUUUGAUUUUGAUCCCUAAUAUGAGAAGCGCUAUCUCACCAACUUCUACCUUGGAUGCCAUGAACGAGUUUCGUGAGUUUUGAUAAUUCAAUCAUGGAUUUUUUUAAUUUUUUUUUUUUUGAAUUUCCAAUAAGAUAAGUUCAGUUUUGAUUGAUCUUUUUCAAAAAAAAUUGAUCCUAGAAUUUUGACUUGUUUUCAUGAAAGAAAAAUGCUAGGUACAAAAGUUAAGCAUAUGGUAUAGAUUUAAGUUGCUGUGACGUGGGUCACCUUGCAAAUAAAUGUGAUUUAUUGAUACAGUUGAAUACAUAACAUUGCUAUUCAUGAAACUAAUGCUUUGUUUGGGAAGGGAGUUGGGUUUAUAACUUUUUGAUUUUUUGGUUAUUUCAGUCUAAGAUUAAAAAGUUCAUUAGCUCUCAACCUCAAAAAAAGUCUCAUGCCAAAACGAGAGUUAAAUGUCUUUUAUUUCCUUAUUUUUUCUCCUUUUCCUAGUUUGAAUAAGUUUUCCAAGUGACGAUGAUAAAUUACACCCAUAGGCCCUCUUUGUUUUCAAAGAUAGAAUAAGA